AUGAUCUUAGGGGUAGAUUGGCAUCUGGCGGAACAAGCGAUAGUGGAUUACAUGCAUCAUGUGGUAUACGUGGGGGUCGAGAAGCGGCAUGCUCUUAGUUGGUUAUACCAGGCCCGUCAUUCGAGAGAGAUCGAAGAGAUUCAGCAGCGAGCAUACCACGAUGCCCUCUCCAGUUCUCCGCGACCACUCUGCCUAGCAGCAUCCGAGCAGUCCGCCGAGAACGCCGAAUCGUUCCGUCUCAGCGAUACAGCCAGUCGAGCCGCGCACUCCUGGCCCGACCGCCGUCGCGAACGGAUAGGUCCGCGGGACGUAAAAUAA